AUGUUCCGGGAAAGUCGGCGCAAGAUUGCCAAGCAAAAACGUUCGAGAAACACUAACUCUGCUAUACCGACCAAAAUCGCUCGUGCAGGCUCAAACAAGUUCAAGAAGCAAGUGCGCGAGUUCGUGGAAGAAUACGAAAAGAAGCACGUGGAUGAUCUAUUCGAUACAACCCCAUCCAAGGAAGGUUUGCCUGAGCUACCGGACUUUGAUGCGAUCAAGUCGCCGGAGCUCGAUACGCCGUCACGAAGCCUCGCGGACGAUGACUCAGACAUCGACGAUGAGGCGCCUGGGCUACUAAAAAAAUUGAGUUCGCGUCGGCGAGACGACAUCGAUUCGUACGUGCUGGGCAUCAAUCGCCAGCACGUUGCAGGUGGUGGAGUAAUGGUUCGUGGCAAGAAGAAAGCCGUGAUGCUUGUGGAAGAUGUGGGCUCGCAUUGUGUGAGGGGAGUUGUGAGUCCGGGAGGGACGACGCAUGUUCGUAUCGAGAAGGACGGCAGUUCGGACGAUGAAGAUGAAGACGACUAUCACAGCAGUGAAGAGGAGGAGGAUUUCGAUAUCCUUUGA